CCCUUCACCUCUUCUCUAUCCAAAACACUAUCCUCUCCUCUCCUCUCCUCUAAUGGAUGUGAGCACCAUCUUCAUACCAAAACCUAAUCCACAUCCAUUUUCACCGGCCUUCACCUCUUGCAUUUCUCCGGCCAUUCAAUUACGCUCACAGUUCUUAGGUUCCGAGUUUCGCCGGACUUCUCGCCGCCGAACAUGCUGUUGGCUAGGGCUAGGCCUAGGCUUUCAUUCGCCGUCGAUUACACGUAGGAGGAGGUUUGUGUGUACAACUUCUGCUGCUUUGGGUCCGCAAACGGUUGUUGUUGUCGUCUCGUUUCUUGCUGUUUCUGCUGUUGCAGUUUUCUAUUUCAAUUAUUGUAAUCGAAAGCCAACAGAUAAGAUAUCCAAACCGACUAAUCAAUCAGAUUCCCAACAAGGUUCAAGUAAUCUAAGCCAUACCUUUAACAGUCAAAACUCAUCAGACGUUAGUCUCCACGUAAAGAACUCUGAUGUGGGGAGUAAAGAUAUAAUUGGGGAGAUAAAAGUCUUUAGUCAUGAUAUUCCUGAUGAAUCAGCACGGGUGCAUCAUCAUGAAACAGUAGUGUUCGAUGAAGGGUCUCUAACACAUGUUGCAUUAGUCUCUUCUAGUUCCAAUGUUAUUGCUUCUAACAAUAUAGUAUCUCCUGUAUCAUCCAAGGUUGAACCAUCUUAUAAAAAAGAUGUUAUGUUGGAAUCAUCUUUCGAGGAACCUUCUAAUGUUAUGGAAUUAUCAUCUCAAGGUAAUGUACUGUGUAUACCUUCCACAGAAACAAACGCUGUCUGUUUUGAUGAAGAACAUAAAACCGAGCAUGAUUCUGAGUUUCCUAAGCUAAUGAUGGAAAGUGAGUUGAUUGCCGCUUCUGUUCCUGCAAAUAGUAUGGUGGCAGGUGGUAAUUUGAUUGAAGAGAAAGCCUACGUGCUGACUAAGGAACCUGAUGUUAAUGGGUAUAAUUUUCUACCUGUAAAGUACACCCACAAUGGCCUACACUCGUUUUACGAGGAAAAUCAAUAUGCAAUGAGUUCUAUGGAAAAUCUUAGUAGUACAAAGGCAAUGCCUGAGCUCUCCUCUUUUGGGAACAACGGCUUUUCUUCGUCAACAAGUAGUUCCAUAUUUCCAAGUGAAAGAUUUUCGGCAAAGGACUUUCUUCAUGCUGCAGAAAAGUUCGAGGCUAAGUUACCUAACGAAAAAUCUGAAAACGGCUCUCUUAAUGGAAAGAGAGAGUUUUGGAAGAAAGAUGCGUCUUCUAAUGACAAAGCAAAAUCUAUGCUGACUAAGAAGGACCUAAAAGCUUUGUUCCAUAUUAAGAAAGAAGGAAGCACCGUACAGUACGCUUCACAGCAGUUACGUGCUUACCAUCGCUUUCUUAAAGAGGGCAGGUUAACUGAAAGCUUAGAAAAGCUUGAAUAUCUUGAAAGAAAAGGUUUAUUAGACAUGAAUAAUGUUUAUCAUAUGGGGUUUAUCCAAGUGUGUAGAAGUCAGAAAGCUGUGAAGGAAGCUUUUCGUUUUGUCAGGCUCAUACCAAACCCGACUUUGAGCACAUUUAACAUGCUUAUGUCUGUUUGUGCAUGCUCUCUAGAUUUAGAUGGAGCUUUUGAGGUUUUGAAACUAGUCCAGAAAGCUGGAUUAAGAGCUGACUGUAAGCUAUACACUACUUUAAUAUCAACUUGUGCUAGGAGUAAAAAGGUUGAUACAAUGUUUAAGGUUUUCCAUGAAAUGGUCAACUUUGGAGUGGAGCCAAGCGUUCACACAUACGGUGCACUUAUUGAUGGCUGUGCUAAAGCUGGGCAAGUUGCAAAGGCGUUUGGUGCCUAUGGUAUUAUGAGGUCAAAGAAUGUGAAACCAGACCGAGUUGUAUUCAAUGCGCUUAUCAGUGCAUGCGGUGAAUCAGGAGCCGUUGAUCGAGCAUUUGAUGUAUUAUCCGAAAUGAGAUCCGAGACACAUCCUAUAGAUCCAGAUCAUGUCACUGUUGGUGCCCUGAUUAAAGCAUGUUCAAAUGCUGGUCAGAUUGAACGAGCCAUAGAGAUAUAUGGCAUGAUUAAAGAAUUCAACAUCAAAGGCACUCCUGAAGUUUACACCAUCGCUGUCAAUAGUUGCAGCGGAAACGGUGAUUGGGAGUUUGCGUGCAGUGUGUAUAAUGAUAUGACCGAAAAAGGGAUUGUCCCAGAUGAGAUGUUUUUUAGUGCGUUGAUAGAUGUGGCAGGACAUGCUGGGAAGCUGGAUGCUUCGUUUGAAAUUUUACAAGAAGCCAGGAGUAAAGGAAUAGAUGUCGGGAUUGUAUCGUAUAGCUCAUUGAUGGGAGCAUGUAGCAAUGCAAGAAACUGGAGGAAGGCACUGGAGUUAUAUGAAGAUGUCAUAGAGAUGAGGAUGAAACCAUCAGUUUCAAUGAUAAAUGCAUUAAUUACUGCCUUGUGCGAUGGCGAUCAGCUGUCUAAGGCUAUGGAAAUUCUGUCAGAAAUGAAAAAAUUAGGCUUACGCCCCAACUCCGCCACGUACUCCAUUCUGUUGGUGGCAAGUGAAAGAAAGGAUGAUCUUGAAGUUGGUCUUAUGCUACUUUCUCAAGCAAAAAAGGAUGCCAUUUCACCAAAUCUUGUCAUGUGCAGGUGUUUAAUUGCUUUGUGUUACCGGAGAUUUGAGAAAGCCCGUAUGGUUGGUGAGCCCAUUUUGUCUUUUGACUCACAACGGAUACUGGUAAACAGUAAAUGGACGGCAUUAGUUUUGAUGGUAUAUAGAGAAACAAUUAAGGCCGGUGUUGUUCCAGGGAUAGAAGAACUUUCGCAAGUCUUAGGAUGUCUACGGCUCCCUCACGACUUGUCCUUAAAAGCCAGACUGAUUGAGAAUCUCGGAGUAAUUACAGAAACGUCAAAAGGAUCAAAUCUCUGUUCUUUGAUUGAUGGAUUUGGGGAAUACGAUCCGCGCGCCUUUUCUUUGCUUGAGGAAGCUGCUUCACUUGGAAUUGUUCCUUCUGUUUCUUUAAAAGAAAGUCCAAUAGUCGUUGAUGUGACAAAAUUACCAUUGUAUACCGCUGAGGUUUAUUUCUUGACAGUCUUGAAAGGUCUUAAGCAUCGGCUGGCUGCUGGUGUGAAAUUGCCCAAUUUAAGCAUCUUGCUGCCUAUAGUAAAGACACAAAUCAAGGCGCCCAUGGGAGAUAAAACAAUGAAUGUUGCAGGAAGAGUGACCCAGGGUAUUUCAGCAUUACUGAGAAGGCUAAGGAUUUCAUACAUAGGAAACGAGUCGUUUGGAAAAAUAAGAAUUAAUGGGGUGGUUGCGAAGAAGUGGCUUUCACCAAAGCUUUCUUCUCCUUAUGGUGGAAAACCGACAGAUUUUGGAUCAUCCAACUCACGUUUGGGUAAAGGAAUUAGCGAUCAGCAGCGUCACAUUCGAAGCGGCAAUUUGUCUUUUGAAUAAUUUUGUAUCAUAUUUUUUUUUUCCUCGGCCGUAUAAAUAUUCAAGCAUACGUGUGUGCAGGCAGGCAGGCAUGCAUCAUAACUAAUCAUUAGCUCCUUCUGUGUUUGUUUAAGUCGGCGGACAUUGAAGUAGGUUGUAUGUAUAAUUUGUCUAUCAUAUAGAGUUUUGGUACUUAGGUUUUAUAUAAAGUUUACCUAUGAGACCUUAGCCUGGUGCCAUUGAAUAGAACAUAUAAAGGUGUUGUAUGUUAUACGUGUGUGCACAUUUAUUGUUGAUGGCAUUCCAUUUAUAUCUUGGUGCU